GGGGUGGGGGGGGGGGGUGCAUAUAGAAGCUCCGGAGCGUUGUUUUCUUUCGGCUAUAGGUGGCUGAUGCAUUGGUGUGGAAUCCUGGUGUAUAUCAUUCUUCUGUUGUUUGUUACUCGGCGUUGGCUGAGAAUUUUCUUCUCGCAUCAUCUUUGUAAUAUUUUGGCCAUGAAAAAUGGCAGUUGUUUUUCUAUAGCUGAACAUGACUGUGUGGCAUGUUAGGCAGUGCAGUGCUCUGGUUAUAUCAUUUCCCACGCAAUCAAUAUGUAUGCAUAAGAGAUCGGACAAAGUCAAUUCAAUAAUCU